ACAAUCUGUGUAAGGCUGAAGGCAAACAAUAAUAAUAUGCUAGCAUUUAGCAAUUAGCAGACAAGCCUAUAUAAAUAAAUAACAAACGGUUUGCAUCGUUAUUAAUUUUGAAAGCAAAUCAAAUAUCAAUAUAACCAUUUUGCUUUUCGAUCGCUUAUCAAUUCGUCGUGGUGUGUGUCGUACUGUUACGGUUCAGCUAGUUGUAAUAUUCAUGUAAUAUGUAGGCUUGUUUUUGUAAUGUUCCUUGACUGUCACUGGAUUUCCAAAGUGAAAUAAUUUUACCAUGUUUUAUGGAUAUUUAGUUUAACUGAGAAAGGAAACUCUAAAAUGUGUUUCAUUAUAUAAACUGUUAUGGCACACUAUGGAUUGUCCCUGUUCCUAAAACAAAAAUAUUCACAUUUGACAAUUAAUGCAAUACAUACAAUGAAAUGUGUGCCUUAGUAAUCAAACAUAUCCAAAGUUGUCCCUGUUCCUAAAACGAUAAUAUUUACAUUUGACAAUUAAUGCAAUGAAAUGUGUGCCUUAGUAAACAAACAUCCUAAGUUAUUUUCUGAGAUCAUCCUUAUUCACAGUUACUUGGCAAUGCCAGUAGAAGGUAACAAGGACCAGGACCUCCAUUCCCUGUCCAGCCCUGUCAGUGCCCUGACUCCUGGAGUUCAAGACGACAAUGGCCUUUCAGUCCCAGGAAGCAGUAAGGAAGAGCCUGUGGCCACAUGUCCGGAGAGUGUAGGGGCACAGAAUUCUCGAAAAUUGCAGCCUCUGCUUCAGAUCAACCGUCAGGAGAUCCGCUCAGUGGACCAGAGCUCUCAGGCUGCUGAGCUCCAGGGUUUGGGAGUGGAUGUAUAUGACCAAGAUGUUCUCGAGCAAGGUGUGCUGCAGCAGGUGGACAGGGCUAUUCAGGAGGCCAGCCAGGCUGCAGCCAAAGCUGAAGCAGAGAAAGAAUAUGAGUCAGUGCUGGAUGAUGUUAGGUCAUGCACAAGUGCUUUGAAGCACAUCAACAAAAUUCUGGAGCAGUUAGCCCCUCAUGCUGCUUCCAGCAAGGACAUAAGUCGGAAGUUAGAGUCUGUCAAACGACAGAAAGAGAACAAGGAGAAGCAGUUAAAAAAGAUCAGAGCCAAGCAGAAGAGACUGCAGGCCAUUCUUGGAGGAGAAGAUUUUCAGAAGCUUGAAGCAGAUUUAUUGAUUGAAGAUGAUGAAGAACCAGGUCCUUCCACGUUGGGCAGCAUGCUUAUGCCUGCUCAGGAGACAGAAUGGGAAGAGCUCAUCCGCACAGGUCACAUGACCCCCUUUGGUUCACGGAUCCCACAGAAGCAAGAGAAGAAGGAGCCUCGGAAGGUCAUGCUCAGUGAGAAUUCCGGUUUUGACAAGUAUCUCACAGACCAAGCCUUGUUAGCGGAGAGCAGGAAGAGACCCACCUCAAUGAAGAAGAUUUCCAGAAAGCACUCAACAGAGGCCAUGGAUGGCAAAGCGCAGAGGAACGGAUCGCUGUCCACCAAAGAUAAGAAACUCCAGAAGCGUAUGCGUAAGCUCCAGAGGACCGCCCUGAGAGCUCACCCCAAAGCCAGGCCCAAGGUGGAGAAGGAGCCUCCGCAAUCUAGGAGGAAAGGCUUGGGGGAACAGGCAUCAGACAGCGAGGGCUCUGAGUACGUUCCUAGUGAUGAGCUGAUGGAUCCUGAGGAACCAGAGAGAGACAAUGAGUUCUGGGUGGAUGAAGAAGAAGAAUAUGAACUUAAACCUUACAAGAAGAAGAACCAGGCGAAAACCAGGAAGCCCAAGGUGGAAGAGAGUGAUGAAUACAUCCCCAGCAGCUCAGAGGAUGAGGACUCCCAGAAAGGGGGGAAAGUCAAGAAAUGUAAAGAUGAUGGAGAUAUUGAGUGUUACAGGCAAAGGAUUAGGAAGUGGAAAAGGCAAAGACUUCGGGAAAAAGAGGCAAAGAGAAUAGCGGGAGAGGAGGAGUCAGAGGACAGCGACGCAGAGUUUGACGAAGGUUUUAAGGUGCCUGGUUUCCUCUGGAAGAAACUCUUCAAGUAUCAGCAGACAGGUGUCAGGUGGAUGUGGGAACUGCACUGCCAGCAGACAGGAGGCAUUCUGGGAGAUGAGAUGGGCCUGGGCAAGACCAUCCAGAUAAUUGCCUUCCUGGCAGGCCUGAGCUACAGCAAGCUGAAGACACGUGGCUCCAAUUACAGGUAUGCUGGGCUGGGGCCCACAGUCAUCGUGUGUCCAGCCACAGUCAUGCAUCAGUGGGUAAAGGAGUUCCACACAUGGUGGCCUCCAUUCCGUGUGGCUGUUCUCCACGACACAGGCUCCUUUACCAGCAAAAAGGAGAAGCUCAUACCGGAGAUAGUGGCCAGUCAUGGCAUCCUUAUCACUUCCUACUCAUACAUACGCAUUAUGCAAGACUACAUCCAGAAGUACGACUGGCAUUUUGUCAUCCUGGACGAGGGCCACAAGAUUAGGAACCCCAAUGCUGGGGUAACAAUGGCAUGCAAGCAGUUCCGGACACCCCACCGUUUCAUCCUUUCGGGCUCACCCAUGCAGAACAACCUCAAAGAGUUGUGGUCGCUCUUUGACUUUGUGUUUCCAGGGAAGCUGGGGACUUUGCCUGUCUUCAUGGAGCAGUUCUCUGUGCCCAUUACCAUGGGAGGAUACUCUAAUGCAUCUCCAGUACAGGUCCAGACAGCCUAUAAAUGUGCUUGUGUUCUUCGUGACACCAUUAACCCUUACCUGCUUAGAAGAAUGAAGGCUGAUGUGAAAGCAAACCUCUCCUUACCUGAUAAAAAUGAACAGGUCCUGUUCUGCAGGCUAACUGAAGACCAGCGCCAGGUUUACCAGAACUUUCUGGACUCCAAAGAGGUUUAUCAGAUUCUGAAUGGAGACAUGCAGGUGUUCUCAGGCCUCAUAGCUCUGAGGAAGAUCUGCAACCACCCGGAUCUGUUCACGGGCGGGCCGCGUUUGCUGCGGGGCAUCCCACAUGAGCAGCUGACCGAGGAGGAGCACUUCGGUUACUGGAAGCGAUCUGGGAAGAUGAUUGUGGUGGAGUCACUGCUACGCCUGUGGUUCAAGCAGGGACACAGAGUGUUGCUUUUCACCCAAUCCAGACAGAUGCUGGAGAUCUUGGAGCUGUUUGUGAGGGAGAAUAGAUUCUCCUAUCUCAAGAUGGAUGGCACCACCGCCAUUGCAUCCAGACAGCCUCUCAUCACUCAAUACAACCAGAACAAGGACAUCUUUGUCUUUCUCCUGACAACUAGAGUUGGAGGUUUGGGAGUCAACCUGACUGGAGCAAAUAGGGUUGUAAUCUAUGACCCAGACUGGAACCCCAGCACAGACACUCAGGCACGUGAACGGGCCUGGAGGAUUGGCCAAAAACAGCAGGUGACAGUUUACAGGCUGUUGACAGCUGGAACCAUUGAAGAGAAGAUUUACCACAGACAAAUCUUCAAACAGUUUCUCACCAACCGAGUGCUAAAGGAUCCUAAGCAAAGACGGUUUUUCAAAUCUAAUGACAUUUAUGAACUUUUCACUCUGAGCAAUCCUGAGGGCUCCCAGGGAACAGAAACCAGUGCAAUAUUUGCAGGCACAGGAUCAGAUGUGCAGAUUCCAAAAAAACAAAAGACAUCCCGUCCAUCUCAGGGGACAUCACAACCAUCACAGUCUCAGUCAUCUGCAUUUUCUGUUGAUGACCAAGAUGCCAUAUCUCAGUCAGAAAACAAAAAUGCUACCUCUAUUAACAGUCUCUCAAAAAAUGAUGCUAAAAGGGACAGAUCUGAUUUUGGGUCACCAAACAAUCACUUCAAAUCUCAUUCCAUUGCUGAUCUUUCAACAAAGAGUGCAAGUAAAGAUCUUUGUUCAGCAAACAGCUCUCAGAAGCACAGAGAGAAGAAAAAGCACUGUGAAACACCAGAAAAGAACAACUCGCACUCAGAUGGACACAAACGCAAGCAUAAAAAGCGCAAGCACUCCGAGGAUGCCAGAUUUGAGGGCCAUCGUAUUUCUCACCUGGUGAAGAAAAAGAGGUACAAGAAAGAGGAAAAUGAAGAGGAGGAGAAGAGGAAAGAUGAGAGAAAGAGUGAUGAUUAUGUCUUAGCCAAACUCUUCAAAAAAUCAGGGAUCCACAGUGUCAUGAAGCAUGACACUAUCAUGGAGUCAUCAAACCCAGACUAUGUGCUUGUGGAAUCUGAAGCCAACAGGGUUGCCAAGGAUGCACUGAGAGCUCUGAAGAUCUCCAGGCAAAACUGUAGGCUGCCUUUCUCAAGAGGGUCUACACAAGCAACCCCACCUCCAGUCAAGAAAAGGUUUGGGCAGAAGAAAAACUCACUACUUUCUCAGUCAUCUGGUAUAAAGGUAAAAUCAUCAGAGAAAUGCAAGGAUGCAUAUAUCAUAAAGAAAUCAGGUGUUAAAAAGCCAGGAUCUGCUGCUCACUUCAGCGGUGAAGGAGCAGAGGAGGAAUCUGCUUCUCUGUCCUCAUCCUCUCUUUUAGCUAUGAUGAGGGCCAGGAAUCACGUCAGUCACCCCCAGAGACAAGAGGAUGAGGAGGAAGAGGAAGAGAGAAGGACACAAUCUGCUGCUGUACAUGCAACCCCAACAGAACACGAUGAGCUUCUGGUCGACCUGAGGAACUUUGUGGCCUUCCAAGCUCAGGCGGAUGGCCAGGCGAGCACCAAGGAGAUCCUAGAGUACUUUACCCCAAGACUCAACUCCACACAGACACCAGUUUUCAGAGAACUGCUAAGGAAUAUCUGUGAGUUCCACAGACUUCCUGGACAAGAAGGGAUGUGGAAGCUUAAAGCUGACUACAGGUAAAUUGAGCGGAGCAUAUUAAAACCUAUUAGCUGAGGUGCAGAAUCUCCAAAUGGAAUGUAUACCUCACACUAGGGAACUGCAGGUGAUUCGAUGCAUUAAUUAUUUUUAAAUUACGGAAUGUGUAAAUGUGUUGUAUAGAAACAAUUCAAUGAACUUUCCAGAACUUUCCAGGUUGACCUCUACAGUACAAUUAUUAUUAUUAUUAUAAUUUUUAUUUUCUUUUUUUUCUUUUUUUUUUUUUUGUAAAACUGUAUAUCUCCAAAAAUAUUUUCUGGUGUUUUUUUGUUGUUGUAUUAUUAUUUUUGUAUAUAUUUGUUUGUUUUUGUAUAAUUUCUGGAAACUGCUUAAACUUGAUGCUGUUGUAAUUGUUUUCAAUGUUUUCUUCUUUUUUUGCCCCCGAAUAGCUUAAUUAUUGGUACUCAAUGCUACUAAUAAUGUAAUUUCUGUGGCAAUAAUGGAAAAUGUAAAUUUAUCUAGGGGUAUCACCCUAUAAACUUAAAUCUCUCAGUGCCAUUUAUUCACUUGAUUUUUAGUAAGUGAAUGUUUUUAUGUGCUUUUGAAACUUGUGUUAUUUAAUGUCUGAGUAAAUACCUCUACCUCAAAACCUGCUUUCUGUUCUUAGAGAAAAAAUGAGAACCAAUACAUUUUCAAUAUGUAAAACCAAUGAUUGAGUUUACACAAUACUGGACACAUUGAAUGGUUAAGUGCAUUUAAUAAACAUCAUUCUUUGCAUCAACUCAGUGUUAUUAAAACUUGAUGUCUUUAGUACAUUUUAAUAAUAUGAUCAAAGGAAAUGUAAUGCAUCAUUAGAUGAUGAGCCAGAAGAUAUACCACCUCAGUGGGGCUUAUUGGAGCUCAUUUUGAAAAGAACUAUAAUAUUCUGUUCUUGCGCAUUAAUCACCAUGCCAUGAACUCUCUCUGGGACAGGGUGUUAUUUCUUGCAAAUUAAUGUUUUAUGUGUCGGAGAUGACUGCUGGUCUUAUGUUUGACACUAA